CACAUCUUUGUGACACGUCUAAAUCCUCCUAAAAUUGUCAAAUGUAACCCUACAGGCCCUUUGAGGACAGGCACCAGUUUUGAGGAUGAUCUGAGUCUGGGUGCAGAAGCCAAUGCAUUAUAUGCUGCAUCAGGUGCGCCACAUUUUAGCACUCCUCAACAGAAGCUUAACCUGCCAUUGUUCAACAUGGGCCAGAGUGUCGCAUCCAGUGCCUUCUCAAACGCUACCAGCAGGACUGCUUCCAGUGUGUCUGAGGUCCUCCAGAUGCGUGCCGAAGAUGCAGAAGAGACCCUUUUCCAGCUGGGUUUCGGUUGCGAGGAACCACAGGUGACUGCCCGCAUCCCAGUCCGCUUCUUUAACUUUCCGUCCCAGCUCAGAGGCAUCAAUUUCCGCCUGUUCCUUGAAUCCCAACUCACCAGGAUACGCCAGGAAGACCCUUGUCUUUCAUUAGCAAGUCGUUUCCGACAAGUAGAGGCAUUGACGGCAAUGGCAAAUGCUUUCUAUUCGCUGUACUCCCACGUGUCCCGAACGCCACUUCAGAAGCUUGCGCCACCCCAGUUAACCUUCAGCUCCCCAAUCGUGGAGAGGACCAUGUCUCGAACCAGUGUCCGCAGUGAACCGCGCUCUCCUGUUGAAAGACUAAAAGACACUAUCUCCAAGAUGUGCUUGUACACGGGAUCCCGUGGCUCGGACUCCACGUCACCAAGCAAUUCACCUCGUAAGCGUAAAUAUAGUCUGUCAGGUGUAAUUGAGAAGAGUGCAGAAAAUGAUGAUGCUAAUGACCAAGAUUUAUGCCUUCAAAUGGAAGUAGAUGAUUUGGAACAAGACUUGGACUGGUUUGGAGAGAGCAAGACAGAACUUGAGGAGAAGACAUACGAGGAAAACACUGAAAGGACUGAUUAUUUUGAGCCUAUACCUUGUCAUCCACUAUCUGAGACGACAAAUGAAAACAUACACAACCUCAGGCAUACAUUAGCAGAGUGUCCACCUUGCCAGGAGCCAAGAACAGACAUGGAGUCCAAAGGUGGUUCCCUGCCUUCUCUUCGUUUGAAAAGAUCCGACGUUACCGUGAAACCUGUUCCUAUCAUUAGUCAUGAUAUCAUAUGUCCUCAGGUUGUUGAAUGUGUCAAUCAGGCACCUUACCGCUGCUUACAGACAGAUAGUAUGGAUGCCAAAGACUCACCUUUUGCACACCACACGACAAAUAAACCUUCUGUAAGACAAUCUAACGCAAUGAAUUUACACAAGUCGUUAUGUCAGAUUACAGUCACUGGAUGGGAGGACGACACAACCCUCCCCAACAGAGACACACAGGAGCAGUGUUCAUCCAACAUCAAGAGGUACCUAAGCCCAGUAAAACCACUAAACCUGAGCAAACAAGGCAACUCCUUUGAACUGGAAGAGGUUCACAGUGCAGAGGAAGAGGAAGCCACUUCAUCAGAAUUCUGCUCCACAGUCACAUUGUCUGUGUCGGCACAGCAUUCCAAAUCGUCGCCUCUGCGAGGGGACAGUUUUCAGUCAGACAGCAGUGGAUAUGCUGAAGAGGAUGUGCACCAUUCCCUCUUUACCCCAGAGAAAACAUAACAUCAAA